UGAUUUUGUACAAAAUUGUCACGUUUACUUUUCAGGCUGGUCCUCACAAAGUGCUAAAAACAAACAUAAAGAGAGUCAGACACACACAAAACGCAACCCCUAGGUAGGAGGUAGGUAGUGGUGUCCAGUUUCUAGCUCAGGAGCCUGUAUCCAGGCCUGCAACGGGGAAAUUAGCUCCACACAGGCGUUUCUCCUUCUUUUAGCAUUUACUGUGAUGAAAUCAGCAGGUUUAUGUCAGUCAGUGUACAGCACUCCAUCUUCAGUGAAUGUCUCUUGCCGGCGCUAAACUAGACGGAAACUGAGUAAGGAUCACGUGACCAGCUGUCAGACCGCAAACAGAGAACUGGUAGUUUUAACUUGCACGAAUUUUCACGGAACAGCCGGUAAGACUCGCUGAGAGACAGCGAGGCGGGCCUGUUUGUGCCUGUGCACCUUGGAGCAGCUCUACGUUGCCGGACGAGAAUAGCUCUAUCGCGGGAGAGAUGCACUAGUAUGAGUCUUCUCAUACAGUAGACUCACCACGGAAACUGGUUCAACUGCCUGACAAGUUUUUUUCUUCCUUUUUCACGCCAUCCACCGGCUUCACAUCCUCCAACAAUGACGCUUGACCCUCUGGACUUUAAAAAGGGAUGGAUGUGCCUGUUGGACGACACGGCGGAGUGGAGGAAGUUCUGGUUUGUGCUUGACAACUCUGGACUAAAAUACUACACUGACCCUGAAUCUGAGGAGAGGGAUGAGCCAGAUGGAGAGAUUGAUGUUCGUCGUUGUGUGAGAGUGGUGGAGUUUGAGGCUGAUAAGAACUAUGGUCUCCAGAUACAUACACAAGACGGAGAAGUAACCUUAUCAGCCAUGACUUCACGCAUCAGGAGGAACUGGAUCGACAUUCUGCAGAGACACAUCAGAUCCACUGGAUCACCUGAUAUCACAGCGCACAUGAACAGCAGUGACAGCGAUAAGGACACCUCUCCUUCACAUCCAGAUCAACAUAAUUCGGGUUCAGAGGUUAUGAACCUGAUGCAGGAUGAGCCGGACAUGAUGUCAUCACCGUCAACCAAUCAGCGGGAGGCAGGAGUGGGGCGAGAUAAGGAGCAAGAAAAACGUCUGGAGGACAGAACUAAGUGGUUCCAGGAAGGACUCUUGGACAGAGAGGGCGAGAGCCCAUGGGAUAAAGUGCAGUUGAAGAAAGGUACGGUGGCCUCAGUGACUCAUAUGAUGCCACAGAUCUCUGAGACCCUGAUAGGGACAGACAUUGAGAAGAAAUGGGAGGAUUUUGAGAAGAUUCCUUUCGGAGAGAUGAAGUUGAUUUCGUCAAAUGGCUCACAGGCUCAACCAGCAACCAGUGAGGCACUACAGAGAGAGGUCCUGUCUCUGAGACAGCAUAUUGAGGCUCUGCGUAAAGGCAGAAUCGGAGCUGGACUCGUCGUCCCCUGCGGCCCGGACGCACCCUGCACCUCCAGACUGGAGCAAAUAGAGAGAGAGCACAGAGACAGACUGCAGGAGAUGGAGAGAGAGCACGAGAGAGAGAGGAGAGAGAUGGAGAGAGAGAGAGAGCAGCUGCUGAAGGAGGAAGCACAGAAUGCCAUACAGGCCAUGGAGGCUCUGAGGAAGGCCCAUCAGGAAGAGCUGGAAAGAGUGAGAGGAGGACAACAGACAGACUCCACACUACUACUGCCGGAGUCUGUGUCUCUGCAGCAGGAGCUGGAGGGUCUCUCUGAGCGGUACUCUCAGCGGUGUGUGGAACUGAGCCGAGUGGAGCACACCGCAGGACAGAAACACACACUGAUCCAGGAAAAGGAGAGAGAGGUGCAGCAGCUGCGCAAAGAGAACCAGGAGCUGCAGGCGCGUCUGACUGAGGAGAUGAGCCUCAUGCGAUCCUUCAUCACUGGUCAAAAGUCGGGGGUCGUCUCCAUCGGCAGUUAUGAGCACAGUUCCUCGAAGUUAGAGAUGUUAUUGAGAGUGAAGGAGAAUGAGAUUGAGUACUUACAUAAGGAAAUCAACUGUCUCAGGAACGAGAUCCAAUCUCUAACUAAGAGAAAACCAGCUUAG